AUGGACAACCGAAACACUUUGCAAAGAGGUUACGACGAAAUGAAGGACCAAGUCAGCACCAGAAAGGAUGCCAUCUCUGAAUCAACCAAGUAUUCAAGCCAAAAAGAUGACACUGGUGAAAAAAUUGCUGACGCCAUUGUUCGUCCAAAGGAGGACGUUAAGGAGCAAACAUGGAGUGAGUCUGCCAAGAAUCUUGGUAUCUCAGCUUACAACACUGUCUCUGACACUGUCAAUAAGGCUUACGAAUCAUUGACAGGAUCUGGUGGUUCAUCAUCUGAGAGAAAGUAA